AUGACGCAUGCCUCAAGCGCCCCGUGCCUCGAGGGAGACGAGUCCCUGCGUUUCAACGACUCUGAGGCCCCGUCUCUCGCCUGUUCCUUCCUCUGCCCAUCCCACGCUCCAUUCAUUUCUCCGCCUCCCCCGCCACCUACCCUCGCGAACACUCAAGCUCCUCCAGCCGCAUCCCGUACUGUCAUGUCCGUCGUCGAUUCGUCAGAAGACAUCCGCUGUCCGGACCUCAUCCUCUCCUGGGGUGUGUUCCGCCCAUCAACCCCGUCUCGAAGAACCAGAGACACAGGACUCAACCGAGCCCCGGCUCGUGCAAUGCCAGUGAGACGACGACGAGGCGAGGCGACGGCUCUGGAGACGUUCGCCCGACGUGGAAGGAUGGAGGCUGUGGGCAUACCGCCUCGUAACUUCGUCUCUUUGUAG